AUGACUGACUCGUCCAAUACCAGCAGCACGUCAUCGCCAUCUAUGUCUACCAAUGCUAAAGACAUCUCCGUUCAUCGCUGUAGCAUCAGGGAGGCUGUCCAGGCUUUCAUGCAUGGCAUAACCCAUAAUCAAGCUGAGGUGGCAGCGUGCGUUGCUGCGUACCCUGACUCUGUGCCGCUGAUCUACAGUGUUCUCCCGACUACAGAACCCGGCAACCUCCCCACACCACCAGCACAACCCUUGGGCCUGGAGGCGUAUCAAAAAUCCACGCGCGACAAGCAAAAGCCUGACAACGCCUACAAACGCGCUGUAGCCAUUGCUGAUAAACUUCCCCUGGAGUUAGGCUCCGUGAAUGUCUUGUCCGAGCUACAGCACGAUUUACAGCGUGAGAGGGCCCGAACCGAUUAUAAUGCACAGCAGCGACGGCGUGCAAACCCGGAACCGAGGUCGCAGAGCGAAGAUGAGGCUGGCAAUCAUUCCGAGAAUCUGGAAGACGAUUACCACAGCCUACAACCCAGCCCGCGUUUUGAGACGGCCACUGGAAGGUACUGGAGUAUACUGAUCGCACAGCGCUACCGUGCUGCCAAGCAAAGCAAGGAAAAGCACAUAAUUUCAGUGGCCGAAAAAUUUGCUAAAAAGUAUUUACCGGACAAUGUUAAGAAAGGCCUGUCAAAAAAGAAACUGCAGACUAAAUGGAAAGCCAUUAUGCACCAGCAUAAUUUCUGGGAGCAGAUGGCGACCUCUUGUGGAGGUGCUGGCGUGCUGCUGCUGCUACCAGCAGAAUUCCAGAACGAACACGCGCGACGACUGAAAAUCGAGGAUAAGGCUGCACUGUUCGCUAGCAUCGCGGCGAGGCAUCCAAAUCUAAAACAUGAUGUCGCAGUCCUCACUGAUCUUUUGUCAUGUUUUUUGCAUAACAAAGCCUUGCCAAAGUGGCAGAUACCUUUAGAGACUUUGUCUGAAGCGGAAAUCGCCACCCGCUGGCAAAGAGGACUGCGGGAACUGGUCGUUUUCGUCGAUAGCCCUGUGCACAUUACGGUGGAUGGAGAAGACGCAGCACGGCUUCCAAGUGCACAGCCGCUCAGUUCACUUAUGGAUUCAAGCAUGUGUGACUACGGAUAUAAAAUAGACCAAGAUAUGGAAUGUAUGCCGCUAUCGCCUGCUAAUGAGCAAAGAUUUAUUCCUCCCGGCUCGGACGCUGUGUUAGAAGGGCUGGGUUUCGACAUCAAUGUUACAAGCGAUUAUUACUGUUUUUGCCUUUGGUGGCGGAUCGGGUGUUGCGACAGGCAGCUACUCCUCAGCGCUGGCCCCGUACCUCUAAGAAAGCAAAGCAUGGGCGUCGCGGUCCCAAAGCAGUCCGCAACACCUGCCUUUGUCUAUUUGUCUGAGAAUUGUGGUCAGUCACUGCUCAAGGCGCACCAGAAGAAGGGUGUCGUGCCUGGUUGGCGUGGCGAGCGGGGCGUAGUGUUGGUAACACAACCUUUGAAGUUUGUGCUCUCGCCCUUCCUUGUUGCUGGUAGAUACCUCUCUGGCUACCUUACCUACCCGACCGUGCUAAACCGGCGAAAUUAUAUUGAACGUUGGAGCUGUGCCGACAGCUUGUUGCUGCUUGCCUAUGUUUUGGCGACGGGGGCCUGCGUUGCAAUUCCUCUCCCAGGAUUAGAUCAGGUUGUCACUCGCACCGGAACGCUCUCAGUGGUAAAUUUGCUAUUUUGUUUUGCGGGCCCAUGCUUUAGCACGUUAGCAGAUGUGCUCAAUGUUUCACUGCAUUCCUGUCGCCGCCUGCACGCGUCUUUAGGAACUCUUGCUGUUGUGCUGGCGGUGCUUCACGCUGCUGUAGGUGGGAUCACCACUGAAAAGCUUAAUUUGCAAACGCCAAAGGACAUAUUCGCACUGGUGAUCCGAGCAACUCUUCCCAAGCUUGUUCCGUCCGUGAGCCUGUGCUCCUUUGCGCAGACACACCCUUUUGUAGUUACAUCUUGGUCCGAGAAACCACAGAAGUAUCUGGACCUAUUCAUUGCGCCUCAUCGUGGCUUUACUAAGGACCUGUUGACGCUCUCAGAACAUGGCUCGACAACAAGCAUAGCGUGGCUCAGUGGACCUCAUGGAAAGCCGCUUCCGCUCGACCGAUACGAAAAUAUUGUUAUGCUGGCUACUGAAUCUGGGGUUGCCGCUCACUUGCCAUAUCUCAAGCAGCUGACGCAGGAUCAGCGCAGUCAAGAAAUUCCAGUCCGCCGGGUUCAUCUUAUCUGGCAAAUGGAACGAAGAGAUGUGGGCAUCGCCGCGCAGAAGUUGCUGAAUGAGACUCUCACAGAAGGCAAGCUCAACGGGCAAUACUCGAGCCACGGUGUAUCAGGGUCCCAUAGCCUAGCCGAUGUCUUGUCCUCAGAACUGCAACAACGACGACGCGGGAGUAAGACGGUAAUUUCGGGCAAGUACAUCUCACAGGACCCCGACCCAGAGGCGGCAAUAGGGAAAUUCCUCGGUAGAUCCUACAAGGUGUACGUGCGCAUUGCUGACUUCUAUUACUCGAGGAUCAACAAGCGCAUGUAG